UAUUGUUUCACCAUGUAGGAGCAGUAUAGACCUAGUCUGUUCAUGAUAUACAUCUACAUGAUGUAUUGUUUCACCAUGUAGGAGCAGCAUGGACCUACAGUAGCUAGCUACUUAUUUAGAUUUAGUUUGACUUAAUUAAACUGCUUUAAAUGUGCUGUAGUAAACAUUUUUUAUUCUCAAUAAUCAAUCAACACAUUCCUGUCUUUUGUAUGUCUCAAUAUAAUAGGCGACGCUGCCAGCGUGACGUAUAAUCUAGUGGACGGUUCUUCAGAAACAGCUCGUCAACCACCUCGGUAGCUUGCUAGCCAACAUAGCCGAAAGAUUCAAGAUAUUUAUAUGCUUUCGAUGUAUUUAUAUGCUUUCGGUGUACACACUUCUGUCGUAUCUACUUGUUAACCUAUUUGAUAUUACGUAGUUUUUUAUUAGUCAGCUAUAGUAGCUGGCUGGUUAAGUUAGCACUAGCCUAGUCGCUAAUGAUAGCUAGCUAACAUCCCCGACCAUGAGCUCCCUAAACUACUCUCCUCCUGUUAAAGAAGAGGAGGAUGGACGGAGAAAGAAGCUCAGGGGCUGAACAUUGUCGUGAAAGAGGAGGAGAAAGAAGAGGAUGUCACAGUAAAACAAGAAGUAUAAGGUGAGGCUAUUACAGUGAAAGAAGAAGAGAAAGACGUUUCAGUGGAAGAGGAGGAGGAUGUUACAGUAAAAGAAGAGGAGGAUGCAGUUUUUGGAGUGAAGAAGGAAGGGGAGAUUACUGUCACAUUGAAAGAUGAAGAGGUGGAGAUAGGAGAUCUGAUUAACACCAGAGAGUCAGGACUACCGUGGGUCCUCUGGGGAGCCUCAACAACAUCAUGAUGCUGACAAGGCAGAGAAGAAUCUCUCCACAUCAGAACAUCUUAAUAAGAAACACCCGCAGAGAUCCACAGGGAAGAAACCUCGCUGCUGCUCUGAUGGUGGGAAGAGAUUCACCUCCUCAGCAAGCAUUAUAAUUCAUCAGAGAAUCCACACAGUAGAGAAACCUUAUAGCUGUACUCAAUGAGGGAAUAGUUUUUCUCAUUAAACCAGCCUGACAUCACACCAGAGAACACACACAGGAAUGUUAUCUUAUAUCUGUAGCUGUGGUCAAUGUGGGAAGAGUUUUACUCGGCUAAGCAGCCUGAUAUCACACAAGAGAACACACUCAGGAGAGAAACCGUAUAGCUGUAAUGAAUGUGGGAAGAGUUUUAUUAACCUUAGCAGCCUGAUGUCACACCAGAGGACACACACAGGAGAGAAACCUUAUAGCUGUACUUAAUGUGGGAAAAGUUUUGUUCAAUCUGGCAAUCUGACAGUACACCAGAGAACACACACAGGAGAUAAAUAUUAUAUCUGUGAUCAAUGUGGGAAGAGUUAUUUUUACAGCUGGCCAUCUGACUGCACACCAGAGAGCACACACAGGAGAGACAUCUUAUAGCUGUAAUCAAUGUGACAAGAGAUACUCUGUCUGAUCAAACAUCAGAAAAUACAUGAAAGAGUUGUUUCAUGAUAUCAAUGAAUUAAUGUCAAUGUUGAAUGUUAAGACUUUGUAGUAAGAGUAUUUUAAUAAUGUCACAAUGUAGAAGCCUAAACGUUUGCCCCCUUAUCUUUUGAUUUCAACAUGAUAUGGAUAUUAGCCUCAGAAAAAAUCCAGGCUCUGAAUUGAAAGAGUACUAUUUAUGUGAUUUAACAAAAAGUGACAAACACAAAAAGAGCUGUGUUGCACUUACCAUGUUGGUGACCCACUUGAAUCAAAAUGCAACACUUCUAAAUGUAGAGAUCUGUUUUAUACAAAUUGUCCUCUAACCAGUGAUGUACACAUUAUUCCCAGAUUACGUGUGGUUUUUGAGCUGUUAGUUUCAUCUAUAUGUGCAACCUCAUCUCCCUCAUCUUGCACAAUUGAUUUUAACACGAUAUCGAUGAGUUAUGACAAAUAAGUGUUGUGUUCUUUGUUUAGCGACCCCUACAUAUAAAUGCAUCACUCCAAAAUGUAGCUGACUGUCUUCUGCAGGUUGUCUUCUAACCAGUGAUCUAAAAGAUAUCUCCCAUUUUUAAAUGUUAGUUUCAACAGCAAAUACAACCUAAUCUCCCCCCUAAUCAAUAUCAGUGAGUUAUUGCUACUUGUCAAAACAACAGUGUUUUUGGUGCUUGUGUCCAUGGAGAGGACAACUUGGUUUCUGAUUGUCUCAAGGUUGGGCAGUCAAAAAGAUUUGUGUUUAGCCUGUGUGUUCCAUGGAACACAAAUUAUUUGGAAUUUCUGUAUUCGAGAUGAGUUGUGUUUGGGCUCGUUCCAAGGGGACGAGAGUUCUAGAAGCUAGUGAGUUUUAGGAAGAUGAGAGUUCUAGAAGCUAGUGGGUUUUAGGAAGGGAAAAAAUACAUGUUUUUUUUCUUGUUUUUAAUUGUUGAUAGCCAGUAGACACCAUGUUUAUAUUGUUGAAGGUGAAGCAUUUUAGUUGAUUAUAUUGUGAAAUGGAAGUUGUUUUCUGUUGGUGGUGCGCAUUCUUUUAAGGUGUUACAGUCUGGUUUUUCCAUUUAUGUUUUGAGGUUGGACUUUAGCACGUAUAGCUCGUUAGCGCGUAUAGCUCGUUAGUAUGUAGGACGCACUGAUUGGUGUCACCUAGUUAGUCAGUAUGUGUUACACCUGUGCUGGCUUGUCCAUCUUGUUAGUGGGAAGGUGUUUCACCUGAGCUGGUCCAGGUUCUAUUUAAGAGUGUCUGGCCCAAUGCUCCAGUUGUGUUGAUAGAUGUGGAGAGUCAACACCUUUAGUUGCUCCACCUUUUUGAUUAAAAUAUGUUUUCAUUCCAAGUUGAAGCUUCUUUCUGAAGAGAGCUUAUUUUUUUAAAUGAAUCAAUACAAGCAAACAAGAUCGGUUCCGGGGAUUGGUAUGGCAAAUACCUUACGAUUUGCCUGGACUGAAAAUGAGAUGGAGCCGUGGAGUAGAGAGACAUUUGGAAGGACUAUUUUGAUGGGAUGCCUCAGGAUAGAGGUGAAGGAAGUGCUCUGCCUUCAAGGGAACCCGAAUGAGAAGGCUUUCGAUGUGACGUUUCACAAAGAAGAAAAACACGACGAAGUAAUGAAGAUGGCAAAGGAAGCUGAGAAAACGGGACCCCUGUGCCAUUAUGCGGUGACCAGCCUGGCGAAGAACAACUUCAGGGUGGUCACCGUAACCAUGUACAAUCCGCACGUGAAAGAUGAAGAGGUGAGGGCCUUUCUGGGGAGGUACAUGGACAAUGUCUCCUCAGCGAGGUACCUCAGGGACUUCCUGGGUUUCUGGAACGGGAGAAGAGGGUUCCAGGCGUUACUCAGGGAGUCCCCGAAGAGUGUGGAUGGCUACCUCCAUCCUCCGGCGAUGUUCUCCCUGGGGGCUGACAGGGGAACACUCUACUAUGCCCGUCAGCCCCCGUUCUGCAGGCGUUGUAUGGCCUACGGCCAUAUCCUGGCCUUGUGCAGUGCCAAGAGGUGUCGAUUUUGUGGGUCGGAAGAGCACGAGGCCAAGGAAUGUGACGAGCCCAAGGCUUGCCACGGGUGUGGCUCAAGAGCACACCUGUGGCGUGAUUGCCCGGCUCGUCACAGGUCAUACGCGUCUGCAGCUGGGGGGGGAGCGGGGGAUGGGGGGAGGAAAGAGAGGACGCAUGCGGAUUGUACGGAUGGCACAGGGGAAAGGACGGAGAAGGACGAAGAGGCGAAAAGAAAGAGGAGAGAAGAUGGAAAGAAGGAAAAAGAAGGAGAGAUUAAAAAGAAGGUGGAAGAACGUGGAGGAGCAGAGAAGGGGACAAGAGCUAGAUGA